AUGUCAAGGGUGCCAAGUCCUCCUCCUCCGGCAGAAAUGUCGAGUGGGCCUGUAGCAGAGAGCUGGUGCUACACCCAGAUCAAAGUGGUGAAGUUUUCCUACAUGUGGACCAUAAACAACUUUAGCUUCUGCCGAGAAGAAAUGGGUGAGGUCAUCAAAAGCUCAACCUUUUCAUCUGGAGCCAAUGAUAAACUCAAAUGGUGUUUGCGUGUGAACCCGAAAGGCUUGGAUGAAGAAAGUAAAGAUUAUCUAUCCCUCUAUCUGCUGCUGGUGAGCUGUCCAAAAAGUGAAGUUCGAGCCAAGUUCAAAUUCUCCAUCCUGAAUGCUAAAGGAGAAGAGACAAAAGCAAUGGAGAGCCAGCGAGCGUAUCGAUUUGUACAAGGCAAGGACUGGGGAUUCAAAAAAUUCAUUAGAAGAGACUUUCUUUUGGAUGAGGCCAAUGGACUUCUUCCAGAUGACAAACUCACUCUCUUCUGUGAGGUGAGUGUGGUGCAGGACUCAGUCAAUAUCUCCGGGCAGAACACCAUGAACAUGGUGAAGGUGCCAGAGUGCCGCUUGGCAGAUGAGCUGGGAGGACUCUGGGAGAACUCGCGCUUCACGGACUGCUGUCUGUGCGUGGCAGGCCAGGAGUUCAAGGCUCACAAAGCCAUUCUGGCAGCGCGUUCCCCGGUUUUCAGCGCCAUGUUCGAGCACGAGAUGGAAGAGAGCAAGAAGAAUCGGGUUGAAAUCAAUGAUGUGGAGCCUGAAGUAUUUAAGGAAAUGAUGUGCUUUAUUUACACGGGGAAGGCACCCAAUCUUGACAAAAUGGCUGAUGACUUGCUGGCAGCUGCUGACAAGUAUGCCCUGGAGAGGCUGAAGGUGAUGUGUGAGGACGCCCUGUGCAGUAACCUCUCUGUGGAGAAUGCAGCUGAGAUCCUCAUCCUAGCUGACCUACAUAGUGCUGAUCAACUGAAAACUCAAGCAGUGGACUUCAUUAACUAUCACGCUUCUGACGUCAUGGAGACCUCAGGCUGGAAGUCCAUGGUAGUGUCACACCCCCAUUUGGUGGCCGAGGCGUAUCGCUCCUUGGCCUCUGCACAGUGUCCCUUUCUGGGACCCCCACGGAAGCGACUGAAGCAAUCCUAAAAUCUUCUCACAGCACCCCAUGUUUUUCUGGAAGCAGCAUCACCUGUUGCUGCCCUAACCUUGACCACCAGGUAGACAGCGAAAUCUGUGGAGCUUUUACUCUGUUGUUGGGGGGAAGAGACUGCUUCGUGACACCCAGACUUUUUCAAACAGCACCAAGUAACUUGGGGAGAGGGGGGAGGGUGGGCCUGGGGCUCUGGGGCUGUUCAACCUAACAAAUCCCUGUCGCUGCAUCGUCUGUGUGUUCCCUUCGACUUGGCUGAGUCCAAAAUUAAGUCCAGGGUUGGGUUUAGGCCCCGACCCGAGUCGGGGUAAC